GGAGGCUGCAUCCGACUCGGUCACAAGGAAAAUGGAUUCAGUUUGCAUCUCUCCCUCCUUUCUACAGCUUCUCCGAGUCUCAGCAUGGGCUUCCAGGGCAGAUGUGGACACCUUACCAAGGAGCGCCAUGCAGUAGAUGCUGAAACCACGCACCCCAGGCUAAGAAUCAGUAACAUGGCAGCACCUGCUUGAAAGGAUUACAAACCAACAGACUCCACUUAGAAAGGAACAAUGUCCAAGAAAGGGCGAAAUAAGGGCGAGAAGCCCGAGGCACUCAUUGUCGCCCUUCAAGCUGCCAAUGAAGACCUCAGGACCAAGCUCACAGACAUUCAGAUAGAGCUGCAUCAAGAGAAGUCCAAGGUAUCAAAGCUUGAAAGAGAGAAGACCCAAGAAGCAAAGAGGAUUCGUGAGCUGGAGCAGCGCAAGCACACAGUCCUGGUAACAGAACUCAAAGCCAAGCUCCAUGAGGAGAAGAUGAAGGAGCUGCAGGCCGUGAGGGAGAAUCUCAUCAAGCAACACGAGCAAGAAAUGUCAAGGACAGUGAAGGUGCGGGAUGGAGAGAUCCAGAGGCUCAAGUCGGCUCUGUGUGCUCUCCGGGAUGGCAGCAGCGACAAAGUAAGGACAGCGCUCACCAUUGAGGCCCGGGAGGAGGCCCGGAAACUGUUUGAUGCAGAGCGCCUUAAGCUCUUACAGGAAAUUGCGGACCUGAAAACGGCCAAGAAGCAGGUGGACGAGGCUCUGAGCAAUAUGAUCCAAGCGGAUAAAAUCAAGGCUGGGGACCUCAGGAGUGAGCAUCAGUCCCACCAAGAAGCCAUCUCCAAGAUCAAGUGGGAGUCGGAGCGGGAUAUUCGGAGGCUGAUGGAUGAAAUCAAAGCCAAGGACAGGAUCAUCUUUUCUCUGGAAAAGGAACUGGAGACCCAGACAGGCUAUGUACAGAAACUCCAACUGCAGAAGGAGGCCUUGGAUGAACAGCUCUUUCUGGUUAAGGAAGCUGAGUGCAACAUGAGCAGUCCCAAACGGGAAAUCCCAGGAAGGGCAGGAGAUGGCUCCGAACACUGCAGCAGUCCUGAUUUGCGAAGAAAUCAAAAGAGAAUAGCAGAGUUAAACGCCACUAUAAGAAAAUUAGAAGAUAGGAACACUUUGCUUGGAGAUGAACGAAAUGAAUUGUUAAAACGUGUGCGGGAAACAGAAAAGCAAUGUAAACCUCUCCUGGAAAGGAACAAGUGCCUCGCCAAGAGAAAUGAUGAGCUGAUGGUGUCUUUGCAACGCAUGGAGGAGAAACUAAAAGCCGUCACCAAGGAAAAUUCAGAAAUGAGAGAAAAAAUAACAUCGCACCCACCUUUGAAGAAAUUAAAAUCUCUGAAUGACCUCGACCAAGCUAACGAAGAACAAGAGACAGAGUUUCUAAAACUUCAGGUUAUUGAACAGCAGAACAUUAUUGAUGAGCUCACAAGGGACAGAGAAAAGCUCAUCCGUAGGAGAAAGCAUAGAAGAAGUUCCAAGCCAAUUAAGAGGCCUGUUUUGGACCCAUUCAUUGGCUAUGAUGAGGACUCUAUGGAUUCAGAGACAUCUUCCAUGGCCUCCUUCAGAACAGACCGAACACCAGCUACUCCCGACGAUGACCUCGAUGAGAGUUUAGCAGCUGAAGAAUCUGAGCUACGAUUUCGACAAUUGACAAAAGAAUACCAGGCCCUCCAAAGAGCAUAUGCCCUGCUACAAGAGCAGACGGGAGGCAUCAUCGAUGCUGAGCGAGAAGCCAAGGCUCAAGAGCAGCUCCAAGCAGAGGUGCUGAGGUAUAAAGCCAAAAUCGAAGAUCUGGAAGCAACGCUGGCUCAGAAAGGGCAGAUAGAAAAACAAGAGGCAGAAAAUCACCGGCUACAACAAGAGCUACAGGACGCCCGAGACCAGAAUGAGCUGCUGGAGUUUCGAAACCUAGAACUAGAAGAGAGAGAGAGGCGAUCCCCUCCUUUUAAUCUACAAAUCCACCCAUUCUCAGAUGGUGUGAGCGCUCUACAGAUCUACUGUAUGAAAGAAGGUGUCAAGGAUGUGAACAUCCCUGAUCUCAUAAAGCAGCUUGAUAUCUUGGGCGAUAAUGGGAAUUUAAGAAAUGAAGAACAAGUGGCCAUCAUUCAGGCCAGUACUGUGCUGUCCCUAGCAGAGAAGUGGAUCCAGCAGAUUGAAGGAGCAGAGGCCGCCCUACACCAGAAAAUGAUGGAAUUGGAAAGUGACAUGGAACAAUUCUGCAAAAUAAAAGGCUAUCUGGAAGAAGAACUAGACUACAGAAAACAAGCUCUCGACCAAGCAUAUAUGAGAAUCCAGGAACUAGAAGCUACUUUGUACAAUGCUCUGCAGCAAGAAACUGUUAUCAAGUUUGGUGAAUUAUUAAGUGAAAAACAGCAAGAGGAGCUGAGGACGGCAGUAGAAAAGUUACGGCGGCAAAUGCUGAGGAAGAGCAGAGAGUAUGACUGUCAGAUUCUCCAGGAGAGAAUGGAACUCUUACAACAAGCCCACCAGAGAAUCCGUGACUUAGAAGAUAAAACAGACAUUCAGAAAAGACAGAUAAAGGACUUAGAAGAAAAGUUUCUGUUUCUAUUCUUGUUCUUCUCUCUUGCCUUUAUUCUAUGGCCUUGAUGUCAAGGUGCCUCUUAAAGAAUAACCGAAAACAAGGAACAGACCCCAGAAAGGCAAAUGCUUCUAAACCUUCAAAGAUGGCAAAAUUGUUUACACCAGUGCAAAGGAGAUCAAAAGCUAAGAAGUACCCUGUAGCCAAGACUGCAACUUGUACUUUAAAGCCAUUAUUCAAGGUUUCUUACUUGACAGUUCCUACAUGACCCUGUUGAAAAUCUACAAUAUAUGCUGCAUUUAAUGAAACAUGUAUAUGUCAAACCAGAAGAAAUGAACUAUAAACAUAUAUUGUGUAAAGAAAAAAAUCAGCAGUGAAACCAGUUUCAGCAGAUCAAGCAAAGAUGUGUCUUGGGCAUGGAACCAAAGUUACAAUGAAACAUUCAACCCCUGCUGUGCAGGGGGCUCAUUUUAAUGUAACACCACACCCCAUGGAAAUACCAGUCCUCAAAAUAAACACAAUUUUAAAAAAUCAAAACAAAACCAACAACAACAAAAAAAUAAGGGUGGGUGGGGAAUGAAGCACGAGGAAUACCUAUGAGGAGCUAUUUACAAUAAAAUGUUUCAUUUGAAAAGUCUGGUUUCUUACUACAGGGAUUUGCUUUUCUGUCUUUAUGAUUGUUUUAAACUCAGGAACAGAGACAUCUGCAGUGUGAAGGGAAGAAAAGCACUCUCCAUUUUUAUUUUCUGCAAAAGAUGAAGCUGGUGGAAUGCAUUGACAGAUGACAGAAGUGGAUCUCAGUGACCCUACCUAAACUGGCAACCAAGUCAAAGGACUCCGGUGAAUGUAACAUGAGAUGUAAAUGUGGAUUUGAUGCUUCUUUAUUCUUCUCUCACAUCUGCACUCCUUCACCAACAACAGACUGAUCUCAUUCAUAUUAAGAAGAUGAUACUCUAAAUUGCAAGCUCCCUGACUUAGUUCUGUUUAGAACACCAACAUCCAUAGGGAACAUGGGCCAGAGAGCACCUCUGAAUCCUUCUAUUUCCAUAAUUGCUGGUUUUCAGUUUAAAAAUUGCCUGCAAUGAAUAUGCUAUAUGAUUUGGGUUAAAACAUCAUAUAGAGGUGAUAAGUAAACUUCUACCAACAGUUGGGUUUACCACCAAAAUGUGAAUAUUAAAAUUUCCUGAUAUACCUAGAGCAAUUUGACCUCUUGUCAUUUAGAGUGAUGACUUUUCUUCCUGGUCAGCUAGCAGCAACAAGAUGGCUCUACUUUUCUAUAGAGAGGUAACAUUAUGUUGCUGAUAAGGCCAUUUUAUACCAGAGACAAUUAGAAGGCCAGUAUUUUUCCUAAGUUAUGCAUUACUGAGUCUUGGACUCAACUCUGAGAGUAACUACAUGUUCCUGAAAAGUUAAUUUUACACCUCAUUUACUAUAGAUAACAAGAUAACCUCAAUUUUUCAAAAUGUCAAGGUUUUAUUUGUGGGGUUAGAAUUCCCACGCAUAAAGAAUGUGUGUAGGGAGCCAGAAACUCUUUUGACAAAAUGCUACACAUAUCUUUCCAUAUGUGAGUUCAGCAUCUUUAUCCUUCAGUUUUAGUGCUAACCUUUUUCAAGCCAGAACAAUAACUGAAGAAUCUGCAAGAAAAUCUAGAACACUGGGGACCCACUUUUUGUCCUUGUAUGUACUGCUGACCCAGAUGUCUUUGACCCAGUCACUUAACCUCUCUGUGCCUCAGUUUCCUCAUCUGAAAAAUGGGGUUGAAAUGCUUUUUCAUGAAAUAUUUUAUUUGCAAUUCUGGAACAAGAGGUGCUUAAAGUAGCACAAAGUGCUUUGUAAUUAUUAUAACUGCUGUAUUUGACUUGUGUUGUUGAGAAAAAGAUUCCCCUGUGUAAUAAAAUAGUGCUUCAGUUUGGUUAAAUCUAAGUUUUGCAGCACUGAAGCAUUGCCAUCAAGCUACCUGAGACAUUAUUAGCAAUAAAGAUUGAGAGAUCCCAAAUCAGGAUCUCUAGCCACCUAUAGCAAAGAGUCAUCUCAUGCUAUUGAACAGGACAGAGAGUGUGUCAUUUCAAUGAAAAGCAUCUCCCAGCUCUCAUGAUUGCAUCAAAUAAAAUUUCACUUUGCUCACAUGACAUCCAACCAUGAAAGGCAGGCUUGGAAAGAAUUGACAAUAUCAUCCAAUAAGCCUGAUUAUCGCUUUCAUUUGUGGGGAAGGUCAGAUGAUACGUCCAACUGGGAAUGUACAAGCAGAACUAUCCUACUAGAUUCCUU